UUCCUGCAACAAAAAGUGUGAAAGUGGUUUCUGUGCCUUUGUUGCGUUAUGCCUUGUCACAUGGGGAAUCAGAUGACAAGCGGCAUAUCUUUGAAGCGAACGCAGCGAACGCAAUGAACAAACGAGAUUUUAUUUAAAAGGACCAGAGGUCUCCUUAUUUAUUCCCCGGCUUUGUCUUCCAAGACGAGACGAACGGUCAACGGCAGAACGGUUAUUAUAUAUUCGGACGUUAGACUACCACCUCAUUCACACUUUUGUAAAAUUGCCCCGCCAUGCCCUUUUGUACUGUCGCCAAGGAUCGCCCUACGGGAGGUCCAUACCAACUCUGCUAUGAAUUGCACGGGUCGGGUCCCAAUAAAGUGUUGUUAGUCAUGGGUCUGUCGGGAACGAUGCGCGCGUGGGACACGACUGUUCGACAACUCUUGGCACGAAACGGUUAUGAAAUCUGUAUCUUUGAUAAUCGCGGUAUUGGGCAUUCUGACCAGCCUGGACCGGGUUACUCCGUAAAGGAUAUGGCUGAAGAUGCGUACGAACUUCUUCUACACCUUGGAUGGACAAAAGAUGUUUUAUUGGCUGGUGUCUCUAUGGGUGGAAUGAUCUCUCAAGAGUUGGUCUUGUUGGCUCCUCCUGGAACAUUUGGCGCUCUGGUACUUAUCUCCACUCACCCUGGACGAACCAUCCCCCCUCUUCGAACGAUCUGGACUUUUGCCUCUUCUCUCCUUCUCCCUGGCACCAAGUCUGAGGAGGAUCAAUUCCAUACUUACUGCAAAUUGGUCUUUGCUUUGCCUUGGUUGGAUGCCGAAGCCCCACCGCAGUCGGGUUUCCAUACAAAUCGGGAGAUGAUAUUACACUCUCUUCGUGAAACUCGCAAGGAAAAGGGUGUCCAGUCAGAGCAAGGACGUAUGGGUCAGCUGCGGGCGAUUGGCCAACACUAUGUAUCUCCUCAACGCUUAGCACAAAUCGGUGCUCUCGGUAUCCCUGUGCUAGUCAUGACCGGUACUGAAGAUGCUCUUAUUCGCCCAAAGAACUCAUACUAUAUUGCGAAGCACAUUGGUGCUCCUUUGGAAGUAUUUAAGGGCGCCGGGCACGGGUUAGCUCAAGAACGUCCACACCGGUUCCACGCCCUCAUGUGCGCAACCUUUGCAAAGUCCAAGGGAUUUGUGAAGGUUGCUCAGCCGGAUGACCUGGAGAAGACACUCCUCGAGGUGGACAUGCCCAUCUCCGCCACGAGUUUAUAGUGAGAGGGCUAGUAACGAUAGUUUGACGUAUACUUAAUGGUAAUUAGGAUCUCAUGGAUGUUCGCCUUUAUUAAAUAGUAUAAUAUGUGUUAGGAUGUGUAAAUAAGGAAAAGUUUGCCAGAUUUAUGUAAAAAUGGGUGCAUCAAUUAAUAUCCUUUAUUCACACCCCG